AAUAGAGAUGGGGCGCCCGCACAGCUCCCCCCUUCCCCAUGUGUUCCCCCUGCGGACUGUAGCAGCACCGGCCAACGAAACAUGUCAACCCCCGAGGAACUGCUCGCGCAGUAUGGCGGCCGUGUCGUGCCGUUUUCCUUCAGCCCCGGCUUCGUCGCGCUCAGCUACUGCGUCAGUCUUGUCGGGGCCAUGUCGACGCUCGAGCUGAUCAGCCGGCGGACUUCACACAAGGGCAUCUAUAAUCACGUUCUACUUGUUGGCGCCGCCAUAUGUAUGGGGGGCAUUUCAAUAUGGUCCAUGGUAGGUAGUCGAUCAGCCCCCCCCCCCCCCCCCCCCCCCCCCCCGGGGGGCCCGCC